CGUCUGCUUCAGUGUUCCACAUCUCUGGAACGUUGCUGUGCGCUGUCUCUCCACCCAUCACUGGUGACAUAAAUGUCUGCUCGAGUAGACUUUGUGGACAUAUUUUGGACAUUUUGAAGGGCAAGAAGUAGUGAGGGGAUCUUGGGAAGCUGGUCCGUGGCUGUGAGGAUUAUGCCGGAGUGUGUGCCGGGUGGCAGCAAGGCAUGUUUGAGAAGAAGCUUGGGGAAUGUGGAAUUACUAUCCUAGCAUCGGAAGGGAGGCUACUCUUCUUGGGUGAGAGCAUGGGAACUAACUGGAACAUGCCCAAAGAGGAUGACACUUCAUGUUUCUUUUCAUUAGCAGAUGUCAAAUUAAUGGCAGACGUGAUUCACGCAAACGUUUCUGAUGCUGUGACAUCAGCUCUCAAUAAUAUACCGUAAAGGACCGUGUUGUGUCAAGCCUCACGUUUGCUUCUCAAUGUCUCAGUCAAGCAAUCCACUGGACAGUCAGGCCUUGCUGCAGUCCAUGCUGGAGCGACUCAAGCUCCAGCAUGGGAGAGAGAGGCAGACGGGCCCCACAUGGGGGACAGGUGCAGCGGGACCCAUCCAAAACCAUCAGAGAAUAAGCGACAGCAUUACAAACGGGUAUGAAUUUGAUGUCCCUGCAGAAAGAUUUGGUGUGCCGUCUGUGGAUAGUAAUUACAGCCACAAAGACGGAGAGAGACUGCAGUCGGUUGGUGGCUUUCAACAGUACAGAGGUCACUUUCCCCUCCCAUUCCAGAAAGACAACAUCAGCGUAAACAUGGUGGAGAACACUACCCUGCCUCGGAUCUUUAAUGCUUCAUCAGGACUACCCCAGAGGCCUGAUGGUGGGGCACAGUGGGACAACAUAAAUGGACAUAAAGACGUAACCACUGGACAGGACCAGGGGUUUAAAGGCAACACUUAUGACUGGUCAUGGGGGAGCACAGCUUUUACCACGGACAGUCAAGAGAAUAAAGGCUUUCACGCUGGAAAUGGACUGUAUGGGAGUUUGUCUAAAUGGAGAGACACGGAUAUCAUGCCCAAUAAAGGGGGCAUUGCGAUGGCGAGACAGAAACAACGAUCAUCUGAAAGCAAAGCGAGGCGAUGGACUGAGAAAAUCAAGGAGAGAUGGAAGGAGAGGCCUGGCAGCAAGAAGGGAAAGGGAGAGUUCAAAGACAGGAUGGAUGAACAAAGUUCAACGCUAAACCACCUGAUCAUCACAUCAAAUCAGGACGCAGGAGAGAGCCUCUCAUGGCGAGACAGCAGUGAAAGCCCGUUUACGCAAUCGGAGGACGACACGAUUGACGCAUUUAUCAGAUCAAGCGACGACUUUCAGUUCGGCUUCAGCUCCAUCAAUCUACUAGAGGAGAUCGUCUCGGGUCAAGAGUGGGCCAAGUUUCUGAAGCCCGCCCUCUCAGCUUCCUCAGCCAAUCAGAGUCCACCGGAGGAGACACUCAGCAGCCUCACAACAAUGUCUAAUAAUGACGGCCUGGCCGCUUUUGCUCCGCACCGAUCGGGAGGUUUGAACAGGCAGUGGAGCUUCAGGGGCAGCGAGUCAUUGCCGGUUUAUAACUUCCCUGCCGGCAGGAACGUUCCAGAAUCACCGGACAGCACUGGUCACGCCGAGGUUGAUCAAUCAGAACCAAUGGACCAAGGACAAAGGCUGAAGGAGAGUGGACCGGUACAAGCCAGAACUUCCUAUGUGGAGCGUGCAGACAUUCUGGAAGACUCUCUGCCAAUCAGCAGAGUCAGCAGGAAGAGACAAUAUCACUCAGCAGCGACGUCUCAAAUGGGCUGGACACAAGGUGGACAGAGAGAGGGGGUCAUGUCUUCACCAAGCAGCCAUGCAAUGGAUGACGUCCAGGAGGAUCUCACCACGCCCUUCCUCAGGCCAAAUGGAACCCUGGUUCCCCCCCUCACUUCUCCCUGUGCUCCUACACCGACACGAGGUGUGCUCAGACACUCAGCAUUCCAGAAUGUGGAUUCCUCACGAGAAAGCAAAAGGAGGCGAGUCGAGCCCAACCGGAGGGUUCAUUUUGCAGAGAAGGUGGAGGAGAUACCGCCAGUCCAACUGGAUCCGGAGGCUACUGAUUCCGAGGAGGACUACGGCACAGAGGCAGGCUCCGUCACAGAGGAGGACGACUACGAGGCGUCAGAGGAAAUGAAGGAGGUGCCCGCGCGCCGACCUGCUCUUCCUGCUUGGAUACUGGCCCUGAAGAGGAAGAACACAGGCAGGAAACGCAGAUAGUCACUGCGCUAAUGAAAUCUGUCUUUUGUAUGUUUAUUUAUAUAUGCAAUACGUACUGUAUAUACAAUAUAUAAUAUAUACUGUAUUACCUUACAGCAGUGCACACAGAUGUUAAUAUUGAAUUAUCCACAUGGACGUUUAGUGUUGGCAUCAGCUACUAAAUCAGUGUUCACUCUGGAUUCGGACCCAUUUACCCAUCAGCAAAUCGAAUGGCCUAACUGUGCCAACCCUCCAGAACCGUGAAUGGGUCAGAGCAGAACCUCAGAGGAGAUUUGGGGAUGGCAGAUCAUGUUAAGAAUGAGCAACGGAAGGUGUUUUCUAACAGUGAAAAUGAAAAUACUGUUUCCUAUAAUGAAGUGUCGGAAUGAAUUAAAAGUAUUUUUUUUACACUGACUUUUGAGUUAGAGCGGUUUAACUGCUUUUUUUCUCUCAGCUGCCUAUGCUACCAUUUGUACAGCGACACCUGCUUAUGUAUUAAAAAUGAACAGCAGAAUUGGCAAAAUAGCCGACAUUUUUGUCUUAUUUCAUUAAAACACUUGGAAAUUUCACCGAAAAUGACGCACAUGUUCAGACAUUUUUUUAGUUGCUCAAAAUAUUUAAUCAUUGUUCAUACGUAAAUAGAACUGCAAAGUAUUUGUGAUGUACUGUACUAUUCAAAUAAACAUUGGAAAUAUUAUCAUUUUAGAUAAAAAGAAUUAAUUGUAUAAAAAUAUAGAAAUAUUAAUAGAAAAAAAUAUUGAUUUUAAUAGUACAUUGUGUAUAUUUAACUAUAUAAUUGUAACUAAUUAUACUGAUUAUAACUAAAUAAUUUGUCAAUAACUGCGUCACCGUUAACACUACCAAGUUUAGAAUGGGCAGAACAAAAGGUUAUCUUUAAAUAAACAUAAAUCCAUUAUGUGCGCCAUCAAACAAUACAGAAAAAAACUCAAAAUAAACAAUAAACAUCACGAUAACCUAGCAUAGCACCGGUGAUCACAUGACGCACUCACGUGAUGCCACCAUAGCACCUCCUUGGCAACAGAUUUGUGCAAAUUUUCCAUACAAAGUCUUUGGUCUUGUUUCUCAGGAGCAGCAGGCUCGCCAAGCCUCGCCAGUGCAGACUUUGGCAUAUUUUGGGACAAAACCAAAACCCAAUAAAAAAAUCAAAAAUCAAACCGUCAUGCCAGCAUCAGAGUGAUAUUUUGAGCCACACCUCACAACGCAGGAACAAAAUCGUGCGGCACGCCUGUCAGGUCUGAUCAAUUCCGAUAUGAUUACCUGUUGGCGCUGAUUGGCUGGGAGACAUCACAUGGUCCUAUUGCUUUACAGUACAUGUGAAACACAGCCUGUUUAUUGAUAUUAAUAUUAAUAUCAAUAUUAAUAUCGCAUUCAAGAGGAAGCACUGAAGGAGUUUGAGUACUUUAUUGCACGGCCAUUUCCAUUACAUGCAUGAUAUCGAUUGUUGUGAUCAAAUUAGUGCAUUAAACCUUGUGGCUAACUGCUGUCAAUUCCUCUGGGGCCUGCCUUCACAGUCACUAUCUACGCUAAAGCACCAUCAGGGCCAUAAGGAGGCUCUUAUGCUGAUCUAAUAGUGACGCGCUGAAAGGGUUUCAAUGCUCAGUGUGUGUUUAGCAAAGAUAAUCGCAUUAUGAUCUCAAAUGAAACUGUGGAUGUGAGAAAUAAACAGAAAUCCAAUCCAU